AUGUCAAAUAUUACCGCUAUUUCUUUUUUUACUCAAUACAAAUUAAUAAAAAACACAGAAUCAAAUUAUCAUAGAUCUAUACAUUUUAUCUCGAAUUUUUUUAAAAACAAACAUUCUUCUCAACAUUUAAAAAAAAAUCAAAUACAUCACCAAGAUGACCUUUUUCAUUGUCUUUCUAAAUCACCCAUUCAAAGUCUUCGAGAAAAAGCAAAAAUUAUUAAAAAAUAUGCAAAAUGUCCAAUUUCCAACAACCCUAUUUUUUUUGAAUGCCCCAACUGUGGUUAUCCUACACAUAAUUCAGAAAUUGAGUGGAAAAUAGAUAAUCAACAUAAAAAAAUUUGCAAAAAAUUAAGAGAAGCAAACGAAGACGAACAUGAUUUACAUAGUAGAAGAGAAUUAUAUGAAUUUGCAUUACCCAACUCUCAAUUCAAAGAUGCAAUUAUAAGCUUUCAAAGCUGGUAUUCAUUUUUUUAUACUCGCUCAUUUGAAGGAAUUAAUUCAGAGAGAUCAGUUAGGCAUCUUUCUAAAUUACUUACUUAUCCUCUUACUCUUUUAUCAAUUAUUCAUGAAGGUUCUCCAUAUAAUAUAAAAAACAGUUUGACAAUAAAAGGACUUAAAUCUCUUCUAGCAAUUAGAUAUGUUUUGCAUGAAAAUCCUAAAAACGUAAACUCUAUAUCUAGAAAUAUUUUAGUUAUGAAUAAACCAUUUAGGAUAUUUAUUUUAGGAGCAAGAGCAGAAAGUGCAUUGCCAAGAUUUGUAUGGAUGCAAGGUGGUACAAAUUUAUUUCCGAAUAUUCUGUUUCAUAUUUAUUUCAUUGGACCAGAAGCUUCUAAUAUAACAAGUAAAUCAAAAAACAAUGACUCUUAUUCGAAUUCUAUACAGGAAAACUUUAGCCCGAAUUUAAUCUUCAGUACAUACUCAGAAUACUAUCACAAAUUACAUGAAAAAGGAAUUUUUUCACCCUUUGACCCAUGUUAUGACAUUUUUUAUCUUCCUAAUCCUGGAAUAGGACACCAGAAUUCAUCUAGCUGGAAUAAGACAAUAAAAUACUUAUUAGAAACUCAAUGUGCAAUUUUUACUACUAGUUGUUUACUAGAAGACAUUCAGCAGGAUCUCAACUUUCUUGAAAAAAAUUAUAAAAAUAAAUAUGAUAUAUUAUUAAAUCUUACAGAAAAUAUAUUUAAAAGCAAUAAAUGGGAUGUUUCAGUUUUUAAUCCAAAAGAUAUCAUUCAAGCUAAUGCAUAUAUAGCGGGUUUCAGUGGAAAAAAUAUGAAAUAA